GAAUAAUGACGGUGCCAUUGCCCAUAUUGACGUGCAUCCGCUCCGAGAUCAAUAUAUUAAAAGCGUGGGUCUCAUCAAACCAAGGACAGAUCGAUUUAUCGACAAUGCUCAGUAUGUUUUGGUCAUUGCCACGGACAAAGCUAUCUACAUAUUUGGAUUCAGCUCUUCAUCUCAAGGAGUGAUAUUUCACGACAUGUCAUCAGACAGAUACAGGACAGAUUACAGUAAAAAAGAUAUCGGCCCUAUAAUUGGCACGGAAGACGGUCGAAUUUUUCUCAUUGACGCUGGUGAACUUUGUGAACUGGUGUACGAGGCAAGUGCGAUUGAGCUUCUGUUAAAAGCUGCCCAGAGUUUUGACCCAGUACCAGAAAAACGUAACUCAAUUCUUGACCUUGUCAUCGAUACCUUAAGGGACGCUGGAGUUUUUGUGGAUGGAAUUCAACGAAAUACACAAUCUUAUAAUCCAGUACUUCAAAAAGCUCUCAAUUUGGGAACUUCUCUUAACGAUAAGACCUUUCUUUAUGCUGUAUAUGACGAAUUUUUGCGGGCAGACUCUAUACCUCAAUUGUUUGACCCUCCAGCACCGCAUCUCGAAGAUUAUCUAAACUCAUCCAAUGAUUUGAAGUCACCAAUUGCGAGGAAAAAAAUGGAUUUGUUUUGUGAUUUUUGUGUUACGCAUCAUCAGUAUCUCAAAGCCGCCAUGGUCAAAGAACAUAUAGCUAAAAAUUCUGGCAGUGAUGUUGGCCUCCAAGAACGAUUGCAUUAUUUGAGUCAUGCUGUGGGUCAGGCUGAAAGCGCCAAAGAAAUAUGCGAAACCAAAGAUGUAAUAGAAGCUCUGCAUAGACUUCGAAACGAGCUGAAGGUUGCCAGAAUUCAGUUUGAAAUAUGUUCGGAAAUAGAUAAUAUGUCUGAUGCAAAAUAUAGAAGUAUAGCGAUUUCAACGGGGAAGCCGGAUAAAUCGCAACUACUUGCGUUACUCAAUCAACAGCUCUUUGAUGCCGAUAUUCUCCUGAGGGACUUUGCUAUGCCAUUUGAUCUGGUGGAGAAGGAGUUAUCAAUUGUGCACGCCGUUGAGCUAAAGUUAAUUUUUGUUCAUCUUCAAGCUUCACAAAGGGCAAAGGAAUCCGGCACCCUUCAACCAAUGACCGACGUAAUACUGGAGUGUGGGCGAAGAUUUUAUCCUCACGAUUUACGCGUGUUUCCAAUGGAAACGAUUGUGCGCCUUAUUGCAAUAUAUUUAAUCGAUAAUAGAGUCAAUGAGCCUAAUUUUAUUGUGGAGGUUUUGAAGAAAGCGAAUGUCGCGUUCGGCGAUCUCUUUAAUACCCUUCAUCACUUAUAUGCACUCAAGAUCGAUCCUUUUAAUUCCAAAGAGGGAAUGUAUCUUUUACUCAAGGAGCUUGUUUACCUGCUUAAUCAAUGGAUGAAAUCUGUUGAUGAACGGUAUUUGACAUUCUCUUUUAUUCUCAUUUGA